UGCACCCCACAGGCAUCGUCUGCAGCCUCUGCCACCAACCAGCCAGCAUCAGACACUGAGCGCAGCUGCCUGUCUGUGAGCAUCCACCUCUGCGCCCUUGGCACCUGCGCCCGGCACUGACCACCGUCCAGCGAGGCUGUCUGCUGCCCACCACCCUUGCCCUGGGAUGCCUGAGGUCCCAGCUGCCGGCCCUGGGCCGCUCCUGCUCUUGAUGGCCAUCCAGAUUGCCAUGGUGGCCCCUGCGCCUCAGCCAUGGCACUGUGCGCCCUGCUCCGCUGAGCGCCUGGCACUCUGCCCACCGGUGCCUGCCUCAUGCCAGGAGGUCUCCCGGUCCGCAGGCUGUGGCUGCUGCCCUGUGUGUGCCCUGCAACUCGGUGCCUCCUGUGGCGUGGCCACUGCACGCUGUGCCCAAGGACUCAGCUGUCGUGCACUGCCUGGGGAGCCCCGGCCCCUGCAGGCCCUCACCCGUGGCCAGGGCACCUGUGUGCUGGAGUCCACUGAGCCUGCCUCGAGGACCGUGUCCGGUGCCGAAGGUGAAGAGGCCAAGGGCCCCCUGGCCCGCCAGCACGAGCACCCUGAGAGUGGAGAGAUGACUGAGGAACAGCUGCUGGAGAAUUUCCACCUGAUGGUGCCCUCCAGGGAGGACCUGCCCGUCCUCUGGAACGCCAUCAGCACCUACAACAGCAUGCGCUCCCGAAACGUCGCAGACAUCAAGAAAUGGAAGCCGUGCCAGCGGGAACUCUACAAAGUACUGGAGAGAUUAGACAAUGCUCGACAGAAGUCAGGGGAAGAAAUCUACAAGUUUUAUCUGCCAAACUGCAACAAGAAUGGAUUCUAUCAUAGUAAACAGUGCGAGACAUCCCUGGAGGGUGAGGCGGGGCUGUGCUGGUGCGUCUACCCUUGGAGCGGGAAGAGGAUGCCGGGGUCUGUGGACACCAGAGGGGACCCCAACUGCCAGCAGUAUUUUAACUUACAAAACUGAAAAUACAUGCCCUAUAUGUUCUUUCACGUGAAAUAUUUAAGUACAUAGCAUAUUUAUACUCUAGAGCACACACAUUUUUAUAUAUGUGCAUAUGUAUAUAUACAGGAACUAGUUUUUAUACUCCACUUGAUAUAUAAACUGGUUUGUAUUUAUUCACUGUAAGUUUAUUUUUUUUCUACACAGUAACUUGUGCUAUAGUAAUUUAUAUAUCACAAACACUUCCUGUCACCUCUUGUGUAAAUACUUGUGUUUCUGCUCUCCGGAGCUCUUCUGUUUUUCAAGAGCAUGGGUAGAGGCUGCCCAGGAAAAGCACCAGCAAAUGCAAGGCAGUGCUUUUUUAAUAUUUAAGGGGCAAGUAGCCUAUAUUUGAGAAAAAUUUACUCUCUAGAGCUCGCAGACACACAUCCGGUGGAAAUCGGCAGGGCAAGUUAAACAGUUAAACAGUUCUGGAUACACAGCCUGGUGUAAGCACUAGGUGGGGUGAUGUCACUUGCGCCCGGCAGCCGCAGCCCUUGUAAAGCCCAGUGCGGGGUGGAAACCUGCCCGGAAUAAAGUCUGCACAGUGGCCACCGAC